AUGAGUUACAUAAAUGUGAACAAAUUUUCAAUGAUGAUAAAAUUUGAUCAAAAUAUUAUAAUGAAAAAUGGUAUCAAUGCAAGUAUCAUAUCGUUCAAAGAACAAAACUAUUCAUCAACAUUUGAAUCAAAUAAUGUUUCUCAUUCGAUGUUAAUAACUACUAAAUCACCAACUAUAUACAGUCAACAAACAAACAUUACUAACGUUAUUGAAUAUGCUGUGCCAUUCGGUUGUUUAGUUCUGUUAGCAUUAAUAUUAUCGAUAGUUACUAUUCGUAAUCGAACUCGUGCUAGUAACAUUUGGUCAACGAUUCGACGUAUGAGAAAUACAAACUUGAAAUUGUUUGGAACUACACUGAGACGAGAUUCCGAAUUUAGUUUUCAAUUUGAUCCAAUAGAUGAUGCAUUUAGUUCUAAAUCAGUAAAUGAAAAAAAUGACAAUAUGCAAUCGGAAAAAGAGAGAACAAUAGUUGAAUCUUCUGUAGUUUCAUUUGUAUAA